AUGGACAAAAACAUGCCCUUUUUCGUCCUGUUGACCUGCCUGGCCGUCCUCGACAGUGUCCUGGGAACGCUAAAGUUGUCAGCGAACGUCCCAGAAAACGCUCACGCGGGGGAAACCGUCACCAGUGUUCGGUCGGCCAUAGCGGAAGGUAGGGAGGAAGUAAAAUGUGAAGUUGUCGCCGGAAAUAGGAACGGACGCUUCCGUGUGACAACCUGCGUGAUCCAAGUGGCGCGUCCGUUGGAUUACGGCGUCGACCCGACCUAUAACCUCACGGUAAACGUCACCGGGUCCUUCGGAAACCCCGAGCAGCUGUAUGUUGAUGUACAAAUCCAAGACGUUGAGGGAUACCCGCCUGUUUACAACGACACGUGCGAAAUGCCGACUCGGACAGCAUGGGGGAAUUCAGGCGAUUUGAACGUCGAUUUGAAAUGGACAGUCAAGGGCAUGUCAAUGAAUAUUGGAGAGGUGUUUUUCUCGAAUCACUUUUAUUACAAUCCCAAUAGUGUUAAGGACCAGGUUUCAACAAGAGUAUACUCGGAUAACAAUAAUUGUCUAGUGCAGUUUGUAUGGAAGCCCAUGAAUGGCGAUGAUAUCACUUUUAUUAAUUCGUUGUGGAGUACGUCGAUAGAACGACCGUGCUUGAACUGUUCUGGAUCAACAGAUGGGGCAUCCGUCCUCCAAUUUGAAGUAUUGCACAGUUCUACAGGCUUUACUCCCAGUUCGUCUGGCAGCUGUUACACAGGGCCUAUUCCUCAAACUGAUAGACAAUUUAUAUUUGGUGGUUCGUUGACGAUUUCAUCCAUGAAAAGGAAUCUUUUCACAUGCGACCUGCCGGACAAUAUCUCGGUCUCCUUAAUUCCACAUGGCAACGGUCGUGACAUAAUACCUCUACUUGUAGAGUUUGAUGCCCAGCCAGUCGGAUGUCCCCCUAACAAGUACGGCGUGUUGUGUGACCAGAACUGCACCUGUAAGAACGGUGCCCGUUGCCAUGGGCUGAACGGGGCCUGCAAGUGUCAGCCUGGAUGGCAGGGUGUCAUCUGUGACAUACCUCACAGUACAGUGGUCAUUAUCGUGACCCCUGGCGACACGCGACAGAUUUACAUCACUGGCUCUGUAACGCUGCACUGCAAGGUUUUCCAUCUGGCUGCUGACAAGAUGAUGUUGAAAUUUCCAAAUGAAACGGAAAAGUGGCUACAGGGCGCUCAGGAAGAUCGCGUAAGGAUCCACAACAUACAGUCCGAACAAAACGGUACCUACACCUGUACUGUGUUAACGGGAGACGGGACUGCCAUUAACGCAAGUUAUGAGCUUGAGGCCGUCGCUUGUCCUCCCGGAAAAACGGGUGAAUCGUGCGAAGAGGAGUGCGUCUGUAGCCAUGGCGGCAGCUGUGACCGGUGGGCCGGCUGUGUGUGUCCGCCGGGAUGGACAGGAACCACGUGUCAGACCUCCUGCCCAGUUGGCACCUACGGACAGGGUUGCAGCAGGCGGUGUCGGUGUCAGCAUGACGCCACCUGCUUCCCUACCGACGGCCGGUGUAACUGCACGGAAGGCUGGUUCGGCAGUAACUGCAGCAGGCCCUGCCCCGCAGGUCGGUACGGAUGGAAAUGUUGGCAUGCUUGUGCCUGUAAGAACAACGCCAAGUGUAACAACGUGGACGGAACCUGCGCCUGCGUGCCACCCUGGACUGGUAAGUUCUGUGACGUCAUCGAAACGGACACAUACACACUCCAGAUUGUCAUACCCCUGGUACUGACUCUGCUUGUUGCUGCACUAGUAUUGCUGAUACUCUACAAACGACAGAAGGCUAAACAUGGGGCACAAGACGAGCCUUUAGAGGAAACCAGAGUUCUUCUAGAGCUGAGAAACAUGGAAGACGACCUGGCACAGAGUUUGCAGCCCGGCUGGCUCAACCGGUGGGAGAGGAACGCCGACGAUCUGACUCUGAACGAACUGGUCGGGCUGGGCGCGUCCGCACAGAUCAGGAGAGGACGGCUUCGAACGGCUGACGCUGACGUCACGGUGGCGGUCAAGUCCGUCCGCAUAGAGGACAGGCGGUGCUACCGAGCCUUCUGCCGGGAAGUCGCCGCGCUGAUAGCCGUGCACGAAAACAGCGAGGAAGAAAACGGCGGACAUCCCAACAUCGUCAAGCUCUUUGGGGUCGUCACGAUGUCCACACCGAAGUGUAUUCUCUUAGAAUUUGCUGCCAAAGGCGAACUUUUGCUCAUUCUAAAACAACCUCAGCAGAACGGUCCUCUUGGCAGGUUUGUCCGUUAUGCCGUCCAGAUAUCUCGUGCCCUGGACGAGCUCCGACGUCUGCGUAUCGCUCACGGUGACGUGGCCGCCCGAAACGUCCUGGUCAGCGGCGAUGACGUGGCCAAACUUGCUGACUUCGGUCUGGCCCAUGACGUGUACACCGAGACUACCUACGUGCCCGCAGUAAAUGACGACGUCGACGAACUCCUGCCCCUGAAGUGGAUGGCUCUGGAGUCGCUGGAGUCUCGCGAGUUCACGUGCGAGAGCGACACGUGGUCGUUCGGCGUGCUGCUGUGGGAGAUCGCCGCCUUCGGGGAGGAGCCCAGCUACCAGCGCCAGCGCCAACUGAGUUGUCCCAAGUUGGUGGGGCUCCUGAGGCAGGGUGUCCGUCUGGACAGGCCGCCCGGAUGUCCGGAAAAGCUUUAUGACGUCAUAAAGUCGUGUUGGCGGGAGGAGCCGUCGGCAAGACCAGAGCCGGCAGAACUGGAGCAGAAGCUGACGGAAUGUUGCCAAGAGUUGGACCCACUUCUGGCUUUGUCAGCGAACGUCCCAGAAAACGCUCAUGUUGGGGAAACCGUCACCAGUGUUCGGCCGGCCAUAGGGGAAAGUCGGGAGGAAGUAAGAUGUGAAAUUGUCGCCGGAGACAAGAACAGACGCUUCCGUGUGACCGACUGUGUGAUCCAAGUGGCGCGUCCGUUAGAUUAUAACGUCGACCCGAGCUAUAACCUGACGGUAAACGUCACUGGGUCCUCCGGAAACCCCGAGCAGCUGUAUGUUGAUGUACAAGUCCAAGACGUGGAGGGAUACCCGCCUGUUUACAACGACACGUGCGAAAUGCCGACUCGGAAUGGUCCGGGGAAGUCAGGCGAUUUGAACCUAGAUAUGAAAUUUACAGCCGAGGGUAUUGCGAUGGAUGUAGGAGAGGUGAUAUGGGAGCCAUUCAAUUCUUAUGACACCAUAACCGCUCAAUCGCUCUCGGACUCCCUAGUAGAACAAUGCGUACAAUGUGUUAGUUCGGCAAGGGUGGCAUCCGUCGUCCAAUUCGAAAUAUUUAAAAGGUGGUCCGGAUUUAACCCAGAGGCAAAGAAUUCCCGCAAAUGUUAUCUGGGGCCCAUUCCUGAAACUGGGGGAUACUUUAUACUGGCCGGUUCAUUCAUGCUUUCUUCCAACAUCAAAAAUCAUUUUACGUGCAAGCUACCAGAAGAUAUCUCAAUCUCUGUUUUUAUAAAUGAUAUGCAUCAGAAAACAAUACCUGUACGUUUAGAAUUUGAUUUCAAGCCAGUCGGAUGUCCCUCUAACAAGUACGGCGUGUUUUGUGACCAGAACUGCACCUGUGAGAACGGUGCCCGCUGCCAUGGGCUGAACGGGGCCUGCAAGUGUCAGCCUGGAUGGCAGGGUGUCGUCUGCGACAUACCUCACAGUACAGUGGUCAUCAUCGCGACCCCUGGCGACUCGACACGGAUUCACAUCACUGGCUCUAUAACGCUACACUGCAAGGUUUUCCAUCUGGCUGCUGACAGGAUGAUGUGGACAUUUCCUAAUAAAACGGAAAAGUGGCUGCAGGGCGCUCAGGAAGAUCGUGUAAGGAUCCACAACAUACAGUCCGAACACAACGGUACUUACACCUGUACUGUGUUAACGGGAGACGGGGCGGUCGUUAACGCAAGUUAUGAGCUUCAGGCCGUGGCUUGUCCUCCCGGAAAAACGGGUGAGUCGUGCGAAGAGGAGUGCGUCUGUAGCCAUGGUGGCAGCUGUGACAGGUGGGCCGGCUGUGUGUGUCCGCCGGGAUGGACAGGAACCACGUGUCAGACCUCCUGCCCAGUUGGCAGCUACGGACAGGGUUGCAGCAGGCGGUGUCGGUGUCAGCAUGACGCCACCUGCUCCCCUACCGACGGCCGGUGUAACUGCACGGAAGGCUGGUUCGGCAGUAACUGCAGCAGGCCCUGCCCCGCAGGUCUGUACGGAUGGAAAUGUCGGCAUGCUUGUGCCUGUAAGAACAACGCCACGUGUCACAACGUGGACGGAACCUGCACCUGCGUGUCACCCUGGACUGGUAAGUUGUGUGACGUCAUAAAAAGGGACACAUACACAUACACAUUCCCGGUGUCUCUCCAGAUUGCCACACCCCUGGUACUGACUCUGCUAGUCUCUGCACUAGUUUUGUUUAUAGUCUAUAAACGAAAGAAAGCUAGACAAGCGGAAAAUGAAAACAAUCUAGAGGAGACCAUGGUUGUACUGGAGCUGAGAAACAUGGAAGAUGACCUGGCACAGAGUUUGCAGCCCGGCUGGCUCAACCGGUGGGAGAGGAACGCCGACGAUCUGACUCUAGACGAACUGGUCGGGCUGGGCGCGUCCGCACAGAUCAGGAGAGGACGGCUUCGUACGGCUGACGCUGACGUCACGGUGGCGGUCAAGUCCGUCCGCAUAGAGGAUAGGCGGUGCUACCGAGCCUUCUGCCGGGAAGUCGCCGCGCUGAUAGCCGUGCACGAAAACAGUGAAGAACAAAAUGGCGGACAUCCUAACAUCAUCAAGCUUUGUGGAGUCGUCACGACGUCCACACCGAAAUGUAUUCUGUUGGAAUUUGCUGCUAAAGGCGAACUUUUGCUCAUUCUAAAACAACCUCGGCAGAACCGUUCUCUUGGCAGGUUUGUCCGCUAUGGCAUCCAGAUAUCUCGUGCCCUGGAGGAGCUCCGACGUCUGCGUAUCGCUCAUGGUGACGUGGCCGCCCGAAAUGUCCUGGUCAGUGGCGAUGACGUGGCCAAACUUGCCGACUUCGGUCUGGCCCAUGACGUGUACACCGAGACUACCUACGUGCCCGCAGUAAAUGACGACGUGGACGAACUCCUGCCCCUGAAGUGGAUGGCUCUGGAGUCGCUGGAGUCUCGCGAGUUCACGUGCGAGAGCGACACGUGGUCGUUCGGCGUGCUGCUGUGGGAGAUCGCCACCUUCGGGGAGGAGCCCAACUACCAGUGCCAGCGCCAACUGAGUUGUCCCAAGUUGGUGGGGCUCCUGAGGCAGGGGGUCCGUCUGGACAGGCCGCCCGGAUGUCCGGACAAGCUGUAUGACGUCAUGAAGUCGUGUUGGCGGGAGGAGCCGUCGGCAAGACCAGAGCCGGCAGAACUGGAGCAGAGGCUGACAGAAUAUCCGUCCAGACGGGCUAAAACACUCAACAUGGACAACAACAUGACAUUUUUCGUUCUGCUGAUCAGCCUGGUCGUCUCCGACAGUGUCCAAGGAACGCUACAGCUGUCAGCGAACGUCCCAGAAAACGCUCACGCGGGGGUAACCGUCAUCAGUGUUCGGUCGGCCAUAGCGGAAGGUAGGAAGGAAGUAAAAUGUGACAUUGUCACCGGAAAUAGGAAUUCACGCUUCCGCGUGACCGACUGUGUGAUCCAAGUGGCGCGUCCGUUGGAUUAUAACGUCAAUCCGAGCUAUAACCUCACGGUAAACGUCACCGGGUCCUCCGGAAACCCCGAGCAGCUGUAUGUUGAUGUACAAGUCCAAGACGUGGAGGGAUACCCGCCUGUUUACAACGACACGUGCGAAAUGCCGACUCGGAAUGGUCCGGGGAAGUCAGGCGAUUUGAACCUCGAUAUAAAAUGCACUGCCGAGGGCAUGGCAAUGGACGUAGGAGAGGUGUUUACUUCAUACUACGUUACUUACAAUCAGAAAAGUGUUGAGGAACAGUUCACUACUAUAGGGUACACGAAUAACAGUGAUUGUCUGACGCAGUUUGUAUUGAAGUUCUGGAGUAAAGGUGAUACCACAAUUAUUAAAUCGGUGUGGGAUUCUACGCAACAACGAUGCCUUAACUGUUUUAGGUCAGAUGGGGCAUCCGUCCUCCAAAUGGAAGUAUUGUACAGUUCGACAGGUUUCACUCCCAGUUCGUCUGGAAGCUGUUAUUCAGGGCCUAUUCCUCAAACUGAUAGACAACUGGUAUUGGCCGGUUCGUUGACGGUUUCUUCCAUAAAAAGGAAUCAUGUCACCUGCGACCUGCCAGGAGACGUUUCGGUCUCCCUAGAGGGAUAUGGAAUGAGUAGUGAAGUAAUUCCUCUAUUUCUUGAAUUUAAUGCCGAGCCAGUCGGAUGUCCCCCUAGAAAGUACGGCCUGUUGUGUGACCAGAACUGCACCUGUGAGAACGGUGCCCGCUGCCAUGGGCUGAACGGGGCCUGCAAGUGUCAGCCUGGAUGGCAGGGUGUCGUCUGCGACAUACCUCACAGUACAGUGGUCAUCAUCGCGACACCUAGCGACACGCGACAGAUUUACAUCACAGGCUCUGUAAUGCUGCAGUGCAAGGUUUUCCAUCUGGCUGCUGACAGGAUGAUGUGGACAUUUCCUAAUAAAACGGAAAAGUGGCUGCAGGGCGCUCAGGAAGAUCGCGUAAGGAUCAACAACAUUCAGUCCGAACACAACGGUACCUACACCUGCACUGUGUUAACGGCAGACGGGACUGCCAUUAACGCAAGUUAUGAGCUUGAGGCCGUCGCGUGUCCUCCCGGAAAAACGGGUGAAUCGUGCGAAGAGGAGUGCGUCUGUAGCCAUGGUGGCAGCUGUGACCGGUGGGCCGGCUGUGUGUGUCCGCCGGGAUGGACAGGAACCACGUGUCAGACCUCCUGCCCAGUUGGCAGCUACGGACAGGGUUGCAGCAGACGGUGUCGGUGUCAGCAUGACGCCAGCUGCUCCCCUACCGACGGCCGGUGUAACUGCACGGAGGGCUGGUUCGGCAGUAACUGCAGCAGGCCCUGUCCCGCAGGUCUGUACGGAUGGAAAUGUCGGCAUGUUUGUGCCUGUAAGAACAACGCCACGUGUCACAACGUGGACGGGUCCUGCGCCUGCGUGCCACCCUGGACUGGUAAGUUCUGUGACGUCAUCGAAACGGAA